AUGUCAACAGCGGUAGUAAACUUCAAGGCGAAUGUUUCCGGGGGCGAUGAUCGGGGUGAGGUCCAACAGACCGGGGAAAAGCAAAAACUCGGUCAUCGCCGGAUCGAUGAACAGGGAGAGGUCAGCUACAAAAAAGUUCCGACCAAUGCGUUGAUGAGCGCGAUCCAGUUGGGGAUCGCCAACUCUAUCGGAAGCCUUGCAUCACGACCAGAUCGAGAUCUACUGUUACAAGAUUUCGAAAAGAUCGAAAACGUGGCAUUUCCAGCGUAA